CCCUUUUCAGCCCUCUCCCGUGUUCGAGUUCAGCGUCUCUUCAUCGAAGACCCCGGUGUCAUAGCUCCAUGCUGGUUUUCACGGCGAAGCAUCGACACUUUUCAUGUCCUCGCCCAAACACUCCGUAUCAUCGUCCUCAUUAUUCUGGCUCCCAUUUACAUCUAUAUCCCACAUUCAGUCUACGUACAGAUAUCAAACUUCGCCAGCUCAUCUUGGGCCUUUGAACUGACGUCUACACCCGAUGCAGUAUUAACCGCCGCUCCAGGCGGCGGAUCCGGUGUAUACGCCCCCACUGGCUUUACUCCUCAGUGGUUGUUAAUGGUUGAGAUCGUAGACGGCACCAUUGCACUGGUGAAGCAGGUCCGCUGGUCGGAGGAGAUCAGAAACAAGGGAUACACAGCACUGAGU